GCUACCUCCUAUGACCCGAGUUUUCAAACGUUCCAAGGUGAAUAUAACAAGAUGAGCUUCGGCUUCGGUGUUGGCGACUUCAUUGCGGUCCUUGAGCUCGUGAACAAGGUCCGCAAAGAUUUUCAGAGUGCCCCGAGCCAGUUUGAGGACAUCUCCAAUGAGGUUAGAAGUCUCUCGAUUGUGCUGUCCGAUGUCGACGUCACCGUUUCCGAGACCGAACUCGAUGCAUACCAGCGGUCAGACCUACAGCAUCUUGUUAGUAGCUGUCGAGAUGUGCUUGAGACCCUGGAAGAGACGCUGGACAAGUACAGGGACUUGAGUUCAGGUAAUGGAAAGUUGAGAAGCCGGGCAAAGAGGGUUUGGAAGCGAAUCAACUGGGAACCAGACGAUAUUCGGGAGCUGCGAGAGCGGAUCACGUUGAACACGACGCUACUCAAUACAUUUCUUGGCGGGAUUUCCUGUCAAACAAUUUACGCUAUCAAACACGGCGUAGAUCGGUUAAAUCUUCAGCAAGACAACGAACAGCGUCUCAGGACACUCGAUUGGCUAACGCCGCUUGACUAUGACGCUCAACAACAAGACUUCAUUAGUCGACGACAACCGGGCACUGGAAAGUGGCUCUUGGAAUCUAAAGAGUACCAAAGCUGGCUGACGACUGUGGGCCAUACCUUGUUCUGUCCGGGUAUGCCAGGAGCUGGAAAGACCAUCCUUACCUCGACCGUGGUCGAAGAUCUUACAACGAGAUAUCGUGGCGAUAAGAACACUGCCAUUGCGUACAUCUACUUUAAUUUUCGAAGGCAGGAUGAUCAAAAGCUUACUAACUUGCUGGCAUCCAUCUUGAAGCAGUGUAUUCAACACUUGGCCCAACUACCGGAUAGUGUGAGCGCUCUCGAGAAGCAGUGCGGAAGCAGCAAGCGGCCAUCACUUGACGAGCUUUCUGGAACACUCCAGUCUGUAGCUGCUGCCCGCUCACAUGUCUUCAUCAUCAUCGACGCACUUGACGAAUGUCAAGCCUCGGAUGGCUGCCGAGCCAAUCUUCUCUCAGAGCUGUUCAAACUCCAGGUCAGGUACGGCGUGAAUAUCUUUGCGACGUCAAGAUUUAUACCCGAUAUUGUUGACACUUUCGAAAAUGGCACAACACUGGAGAUACGAGCAAGCAGUGAAGACGUCGAGAGAUACGUGAAAGGGCGCAUGGAGCAUCUCCAACCCUUUGUCCGCCGGAACAAGCAGUUACAAGAGGAGAUCAAGGUUGGAAUAUCAGCAGCAGUGGAUGGAAUGUUUCUUCUGGCGCAGAUCUUUCUUGACUCGCUUGAUGACAAGCUGACACCCAAGGGCAUCAGAAAUGGCCUGAGGGACCUCUGCAAGCAAAUCCAAGGACCAGGGGAAUUUGGUCAAGCCCAAGCGCUGGACUAUGCAUACGAUCAGGCCAUGGAAAGAAUCAAUAGUCAAAAGCCAGGCUUGAGGGAUAUUGCACUCCAGGUUCUGGCAUGGAUUACCUGCGCGAAACGACCACUUACCCAACUAGAGCUCCAGCACGCGCUCGCAGUGGAGCCCGGCACCAUGCAAUUUGAUCAAGAGAAUCUCCCAGACAUUCAAGGAAUGGUUUCUGCCUGCUGUGGAUUGGUGACGAUCGAAAACGAGAGCAGCAUCAUCCGGCUGGUCCACUACACCACACAGGAAUACUUUGAACGGAGACAGGGAAAGUGGUUCCCAGACGCUGAUGCAGAGAUUACAACAACUUGCCUCACAUACCUUUCAUUCGACUUUUUUGAGGCUGGGGUUCUCUAUCGGGACAAGGAGCUCAUCGAACGCCUGCGUUCAAACCCACUCUAUGACUACGCCACGCAGCACUGGGGCCACCAUGCUCGCAGGGCUCCCACUCUGGCCGAGGAAAUCAUAGGGUUUCUCGAAAGCGGCCCGAAAGUCGAGGCCGCUGGCCAAGCGCUACUGUGCUCGACUCGCUAUCAACCAGGCUCGUCUACCGGCGGCGGCACGGACCCAGAUGGCGUGACAGGAUUACACCUGGCAGCGUACUUUGACCUUGACACCAUCAUGAAGUCGCUGCUUGAAUCAGGUAGUAUAGACCCAAACUCGGCGGCUAGCUUCAAGUGGCAUGGAGACAUGACGCCGUUGUCGUACGCCGCCCAAAUGGGCCACGAAGCCAUCGUCAAGCUGCUUCUCGAGAAGGACAACGUCGACCCCGACUCCAAGAAUGCUGCCCACCGAAAUUGGGGCAGAACUCCGCUGUCGUAUGCUGCCGAGAAUGGACAUGAGUCGAUUGUUGAGCUACUCAUCAACACAGGUAAAGUCGACAUCGACGCUGUAGAUGAGAUAGGGUCUUUCGACUUGUUCACGUGGCCUGGUGACGGAUUGACGCCUUUGUGCGCGGCUGUGGAAAAUGGCCACGUUGGUGUUGUCAAGUUAUUGCUUGCUAAAGGAGCGGAUCCUGUCUACAAGUAUAGCUAUUCGGAAAUCAGCGGAAACACCGAAACACCACUGGCCCGGGCCACCAAGAGUGGACAUGAAGCUAUCGCUAAGCUGCUGCUCGAGAAAAUCAAGUCUAACGCUGAGUCGGAGAAGUAA